AUGGAUUAUCAGAAUCGCGCCGGCUCCAAGUUUGGUGGCGGUGGUGUGGCCUCGUACAGCGCGACGAAUGCGGAUCGUCGUGAGCGCCUGCGCAAGCUCGCCCUCGAGACCAUUGAUCUGGACAAGGACCCUUACUUCUUCCGAAACCACGUCGGCUCGUUCGAAUGUCGCCUCUGCUUGACCGUCCACCAGAAUGACGGCUCCUACCUCGCCCAUACCCAGGGCAAGAAGCACCAGACGAAUCUGGCACGCCGCGCCGCCCGCGAGCAGAAGGAGGGCAAGGGCCAGCUCGAUCCCAACACAGGGCUGCCGGUUGGUGUCGUGGGCGCAGGCUUUGGCGCGGGUAUGAUUCGACGGAACGUGGUGAAGAUCGGCCGUCCCGGAUACAGAAUCACAAAGGUGCGGGACCAGGUAACGCGACAACAGGGCCUGCUCUUUCAGCUGCAGUACCCCGAGAUCAGCCAGGGCGUCACGCCCAAGGUCCGCUUCAUGAGCGCCUUUGAGCAGCGCGUCGACGACCCCCCGGACAAGAACUACCAGUACAUGCUCGUCGCCGCUGAGCCGUACGAGACCUGCGGCUUUAAGCUUCAGGCGCGGGAGAUCGACCGCACCGGCGAUCGCUACUGGACAUGGUGGGACGCCGACCUCAAGGAGUUCUGGGUGCAGGUCAUGUUCCUGACGGAGCGCGAGGAGAGAUAUGUCGGCGUGCCUGGAUUGCCCGGAAGAUAA